CCAAGACCGAACUCUAAAAAUGGCCGCGGAUUUUUAAUGUUCCAAUAAUAAUAAAAACAGUGACACAGUGAAAGUGAAUGCAACAGAAAAUGACACCACAGGGUGGUAUGGUGAUGGGUGGCAACCAAGCACCCAUGUCUUCUGGUGGGACGAUUCCUCUGGCUCUAUUGAUUGAAUAUGCUGUGCAGCGUACCCACCAUGAGCUUGUUGUCUUAUCUGAACUGUUACCAAGAAAGACAGAUAUGGACAGAAAAAUUGAGAUUUUUCAGUUCGCUAGCAGGACUCGUCAGCUUUUCAUUAGACUCCUGGCUCUAGUAAAAUGGGCCAACAGUGCAUCUAAAGUUGAUAAGUGCAUGGAAAUCUGCAGCUUUUUAGAGCAACAAUCAAUGUUUUUUGUGGAGACGGCUGACAGUUUACACAAAAUGGCAAAAGAAACUUUAGCCAGUGCAAGGGUGCCAAGUUUCUCCCUGCCAUGUGCUAUUGAUGUGCUGACAACAGGAACCUAUCCCAGACUCCCUGCCUGUAUUAGGGAGAGAAUCAUUCCUCCGGACCCGAUCACCCCUCAAGAGAAAGUCCAAACUCUGCAACGUUUGAAUGAGGUUAUCCAGUACAGGCUGGUCUCUAAUGAGCUGCCAAAGCAGAUGAGGAGGUUAAAAAUUGAUCAAGGCAGGGUUAAGUUUUUUGUUGAACAAGAAUUUGAGGUGACAUUGACUCUGAUGGGAGAUAGUCCGACAAUCCCAUGGAGACUUUUAGAUGUUAGCUUUCUUGUUGAGGACCAUGAAACAGGAAAUGGGAAGUCUUUAGUACACUCCAUGCAGGUUCACUACAUUCAUGAGCUAGUGCAGUCUAGGUUGCUGCAUGUUGACCACCCACUACAUGACCUGUACAGAGUGCUUCAUUCUUUUUGCCAGUCACUCCAGCUGGAGGUGCUACACUCGCAGGCUCAGCGUCUGAUGGGAGACAGACUUAGAGAUAGCAUUUGCAUCGUAGAAUAUUCCCUGAGUAAAUCUCUGUCUAUUUCUUACUGGAGGGAACAACAGAAGAAAAGAGAUAAUGUGGACCAUUUCCCUAUCCACAAGCUGAGUGUUCAUGUCUGUGAGGAGGAUGAAGGCAAACCUUUACAAAUAUCACAUCAACCUCCCAUGACACCAUUAGAAAGUAGAAAAGUUGGACUUGCCAUUAAGAGUGACCAUCUAUCAAUUGAGAAGUUAUUGAUGCAAACAAUUGAAGUGAGAACUCACUCGAAGCUUAAGGAGUUGGCUAGAGAAAUUCAAAGACUGAUUGAUGGAAAAUGUGAGGUGAGGGACAUGCCUGUUGCCCUGCAUGUCAGUGUGUUGAACCCCUGCAUGUCCUCGGAAGUCUUGAGGAUUUCUAUCGACGUCCAGACAGGAUCAUACAUGGCCUCGGUGCCAUCUUGCGACAGAGCAGCAGUUCAAGGCAUUGAGGACAGUUUGAACACUGAUCACAGAGGACUGGAGAAACUGCUCAUGAAACUAAAGGUCCAGCUGGUGCUCCAGAGAUGUGAGAAGUGUGUACAGCUGAUGACCGCCAACUCUCGGCCAUCUCUCCCUCUCAUCAACACAGCUGACCACCCUCUCAUUAAACUAGCAAGCACAAGGCUCUUCGUUAGGGUACCUAAGCAGCAAGGGUACUUUGUUGUUGUUGAAGUGCGUGAGGCUGAGCAGCGCAGGGUGGAUGUCAACUACUACAUGCUGGAGACGACACAGUGCACUGCCGAUGGGGUGGAGGAUGACAUCGGGGAGGAGACGCUGGUCAAGGCUUUCAUGAAGGCUGGUCAGCUGACCCCUAUUGAUACUUACUCUAUGGCGCAUGGAGAGUUCUGCAAAAUUUUUGAUGGUAUUCCACUCACAAUGGACAGCCUGACCAGAAAACGCAAAAUAUUUUUGGGAGAAGAUGAUGAUGAACCAGAUGCCAAGAAAAUGAAAGGUUCACCAUACUUUGUGAGUGAGUUGGCUUACCUUCUGGCCAGGUGUGAGGAGAAGAUGCCCUUUAUCUUCCUGGGUGAUGAGUUGUCCAAGCAAGGCAUCAGCCAUGAUGGUGGCACCAUUGAUGGGACAGGCACCUGUUUCUCUUUAGGCAUUUUAUAUUUCCCAGAAGUGAUGGGUCUACCUGAGGAAGUCAACGAUGGACUGAGAAAACAACUACUGCAGUGUAAAUUUAGAAUACAGAACAGACAGUCUCGGCUCUGGAUUGUUGAGUUUAUUUUCAACAGGCCCCCUCUUCCUAGUAUUCACGCUAAAGAAUCUGGUCCCAAUCAAAGAGUGUGUAUGGCCCUGGAUAUGAAUGGUGACAACAUCCAGAAAACUGUCUCUGACCUCAUGGAUGAGUGGACAUCUAUAGCAUAUUUGUACGGGGCUGUUCAGAGGUUUGCUGAAAGUUUUAAUGAUCCACGGACUAGUCUUUCAACAAUGGUUGAGGUUCAGUCUUACAACUACAAGAAACUCACACUGGCCUAUGGCCCAAACAUGUGUAGCUUGCUGGGAGUCAGAUGGAAGCCCACCACCAGGAAGUUUGAGCUGACCCUGGGUACCAGACUGCCCUCAGCCUCUGCCAACCCCCACUCCCCCAUCUUGCUGCAGCUCAUUGAGGAGUUCAACCUCCACUGUAGCUUGUCUCAGCUCAGUCAGACACUUCAUGAUACAUGGACUCCUAUGAUGUCUAUUUCUAAACUUCCAUCUGUGGCUGUUCUUGGUGCUUCAACUAACUCAAGACAGCAUAUUCAAAACUUCACCAUCAUCCCCCAGUCUAGUACACAUAUCAGGAUUAUAUGUAGGGGAAGCAACUGUAUAGAUGUCCAUUUCCGUGGCAACAAGACUGUAGCAGUGAAAGAUGGCGCCUGCAGUUUGUUUGAUACAACCAAACCAAUAGAAGGGUUAUCUCCCACUGCAGGUCUUAAGGCCUUCUUGUCAAUGUUUGUGGACGAAGGGGUCACCGUGGGUCUGGGCCGCCGCCAGUCUGCCACAGCUGAUGACAACCCACCCUCCCCCUACUCCAUUGACCCCACAGAGAUGUUCAUCUCGCACCAGCCCAGCACCGGCUCCCCCCUGCCCAGACCCGUGCAGACCCAGUCCCGGACCGACACCUUCAGGUUCCACAGCCCAAUGACCCCACCCUCCAACCCACACACGCCCGCCUCACCCAGCUCUGCUAGGCUUCCUACUGGGGUAAAUCCCUCCCCAUCAACAGCUCUGAUGGGCACCCCCUCACCUGGAACCCUGCUGACAGCCAACUCACCUGGGAACCCUCAGCUGCAUGUCGCCUCACCUGGCUUUGUUGCACAAUCCCCUUCCUCAAUUGUAGGCCUGCACAUGCAGUCUCCUGCCACCUCCUUUAUGGCAGGAAUUGUUGAUGGAGGCUCCCCAUUCACUGGAUCUAACCUGGCCAUGCCAUCACCGAAUGGACACAGAGGGGGAGGAUGGGUGGGCUCACCUUCAGUACAAGACCCGUCACCUGCCUCGCUCCACGCUGUACACUCACCUGGUCUCAGUAUUCAUGCAGGUAUCAGCAUGCAGGCUAGGAUAUUACCCCAGAGAGCCUGGGCCGCAGCUAUCCCCACCAUACUGUCUCACAAAGGUUUUGACACUCUGCUGACCCCCACCCCAGAGCCUCAGCAGGGGUCAGUCCAGCACACACCUGCCUCACCACUGGAGAGAUUCUUCGCUUGUACCAUCAUGAAGAAACACAUCAGUAGGCUGGUGUCUACAGAACCACAGAUGCAGUUGGUUCCAAUAAAUGAGCCUGGUGUCAUUUGCUUUAAAGCCGACACCUUGCAGUUUAAGCUGUCCUUGAACAACACCACCUGCCAAUCACUUCACAUGAAAAUCACGCCAGCACCAGAGCACCAAGAGAAAUGGACUACAGAAGAGCUUCAGAUACUGGAGAAGUUUUUUGAUCUCAAAGUCUUUUGUCCACCCUAUCGCCUCAAUGCUCUCACUGCAGUUGGAAGGAUCAUCUCAGCCCCAUACAGAAUACUCAAAGACUGCAUACAGAUCAUGAAGCUAGAGCUGAUGCCAGAUAGGUCAAUGAAAUGGACAGUUCAGUGGUGCUUGACCAUCCCCCCUUCACUUCAUUUCAUCUCGCCUGUCGGUGUGCCUGCGUUUGUUGUUCGAGCUAAAAUGAUUUUCAUGCUGCAGCUGACCCGCAUUGGCCUGACUGUUGGACCCAGCGAACAGUCCAUCUUUGUUCCACUGCUUUAUGAAAUGCAGACCAACAAGUUGACCAGGGUGGAGGGCAAGCACCCCCAGAUCAACAACACCCCCUCCCUGCAGGCGGUCAGCACCAUGCUCAACAGGUUCGCUGAGCACUACCAGCAGCAGAACCACAACAACGAGUGCGCUAUCCUGCCUGCUGUUAAAGAACUGCUGAGCAAUUUGGUUGUACCUGUGUGAGACGAUGGGAGAGAUUUGAUCUGGGCUAGACAUUGUUUUAAAAGGAUGGGGGGGGGAGUAGAUAUUACAUUAAAUUCUUUUAGAAAACUUUUACUUAUGCUAUUACAUAUUCAAUGAAAAGCUGAUUUAAAAUUUAUAUUAUUUUGAAUUUUUUAUAUAGACCGAAGUUAUUUUUGUGUGGGCUUCCAUGCAGAAAAUAUGUUACAUAGUCGAUCAACGUAUUUUAAAAGUAAAAUUUAUUCAAUACAGCUCAUUGACGAGGGGGUUUGUUGUAGUGUGUGGCAGGGAGGUUGCGGUAGAUUCAUGCAGAUUUAGGAGAUAGUCUGUUAUCUAAGAUAAUAGGGCUGGUAAGUAGGUCACCAACCAGUUCUAUGGCUCAUGCAGGUUUUAUUGAGCCAGAGAACUGUUUGAUGACCUACUUACCAGCCCUAUUGAGUUGUCCAGCUUGCCAGUAAAAACAAUAUUGAAUUCUGUAAAAAUAAAUGGUCCAUUUUUAAUAUACUUUUUUUUUGUAAAAUGUACUACUUUUUCUAUUUCUUAAAUAUUAAUUUGUAACAUUGUUAGAAUGUUACAUAUUAAUUUUUGUCCUUUGUAUUCACAAAGGUAGCAGUUCAUUUUAUCGAUGUACAUACUAGAUCUAACUAUUUUAAAAAUGAAUGUCAAUUAAAAUGAUUUAAGACUAAAAGUGUAGAAGCAUUAAUUUAGUUAUUUUUUGUUUACCUGUAAAUGUUUGUAAUAAAACACACAGACAUAAGUCGGUGUUAACAAAUCACUAGAUUUUAAUCUUAGACAUCCCUGGGUACAUUAAGCUCUGAUGGGUACCUGACUUACAUUUGGGAAAGUAAAAGUGGCUGGACAAUAUUGCUAACCACACUAUCCCUUCAUAUGACGAGGUCAUGAAACUUAUGAAUUUGACUUCAUCUGCCCAAUGGAUCGCUAAAGAGGAAUCUUUCUUUACAUUUUGAUCUGGCUGUGGGUCAUAAACCUUCCCAUUCGUUAAGUAAAAAUUAUUUUCUCUGAUAGCAUCCAAAUAAUAAUUUUCCAGAGUUUAAUUCACACCUCACAAUAUUCUUCCAGGGGUCUCUAGUGAAAUCAUCUUAAGAAAUUUUCACAGUAGAUUACUCUACCAGUGACAACUAGCUGAUAAAUAACUAGCACUUACAUUCAAUUUUCAUAAGAGCAAACUAAAUUGUAUACAGUGCUUAAUUAAAGCAUGGGCUAAACAUUCUUCUACUAACUAUUACCCUAGACCACAGACCAAGCUAAGGAAAGUAUUUUGUCAACACACUUUACAUCACAUCACUAUUGUUUCAUUUGUACUUGUUUUAUGUACUUUUUUAAAUAUUGUUGUGAUUUUAAAAUAUUCUUUUAUUGAACAUUGUUUCUUGUAUAUAUGUGAAACAGGGUCCAUGUGUAUUUGAAGUGUUUUUUUCUUUCAUUUAAUGUUGAAAAAUAUAACGGGAUAAUUUUCAAAAAAUGAGUAGGAGAGAGUCUUAGAUCAGGGGAAGUUACUCUUUUAAUAAAAUUG